CGCCUUUAUAUUGUUAUGACAUAAAGUUUUGAAUUUUAAUAAACAAUCAACCACCGCACAUUUUUUAUUUUGUAAAAUGAAGUUCUUCAAAUAUUUCGCACUUAUUGCAAUUUUGAUUCUCUGCUUGACAGCUUCAAGUGAAGCUGGAUUUGGAAAGAAAUUCAAAAAAGCUAUUAAAAAAGCUGGACACAAGAUUGAGCACAUGGGACAGAACGCUGUGAACACUAUUCACAAGACAGCAGGAGCAGUUGCUGAUGCUGGUAAAAUUGCUGCAGGAGCAGCUGUUGUAGGAAGCGUAAUUCCUUAGUUUCUUUUUUUUAAUUAUAUUGAAUACAAAAUUAUUUUCCGAAUAAAAAGUGUUAUUAAUUCUAAAAACGAA